GUUGUUUCCUCGACGUCAUCCAUUUUCUUCCGUCUCUUGGAAACUCUACUUUCCCAGCUUCUUGUUUUUAAACCAUGUACAACGAAACAAUAUACCCUUUUAUCUAAUAUAAAUACAAGUGUUGGCAGACUCCAGCGGGAACUUUCUACAGCCGCCAUGGAGUGUUCGAAGUUCGACGAGUACGUCAAGCGGACAGCUUCGGCAAAGGAGACGCAGCUUUUAUUCCGAGAACUUGAGACUCGUGUUAAGAAUCCACUGUGGCUUCAGGGCCGCACGCUGUGUGACCGGGUCAUCAGGGCCUGUAACCAUCAACUUGGACUUGGAUCCCUGGACUUGGAGCACAUUAGCCAGCUGGUAAAACUGGUGGAGCUCGCCCUCCGUGGCUACGAUAUGCCUGCUUGGACCCAAAACAGUCCGUUAUACAUGGAAAAGAUCCUUUUCCAUAUUGUUAAAAAGCUAAGCUCACUGCAAGUCCACAGUCUGUGCAGCCAUGUUGCGGCAUUGCUUCAUGCCAGGCUUUCCCCGAUGCAACGGGUUGACACCUAUGACGUUGUGGUGCGGAGCUGCUUCUCAGUCCUCUGGAACGGACUCGCUGGUACUGCAGUGGACCAGAAGAGCCUCAGUCGCAAAGACAAACUCCACUGGCAGUUCCAAGCCCUCAGCUUCCUUCUGUUAUUGGACAAAGAAAGUGAUACUGCUUCCAUUUCCAAGGCUGCUGUGUACACAGAGCAUGCUGUCAGUGAAUUUGCCAAAACUUGUGAAGCACCGAGCGAAGACAUGGUUUCAUUUCUUCUCCAAGAAAUGCAUGCACUUUUGUCCCAGUGUUGGGCCCUUGAUGGAUCUCAGCAUACCAUGACUACAGCCAGUGUUUAUACGCUGUUUGAAAUGGUGUUGAUUACCAUUAAGACGCUAUGUAAAGGUGGCCAGUACAGCCCGGCCUCCGUAUUUCUGAACGACAUUAGGGUCAAGAUGAGAAAUGCUGCAGAUGGUCAUGCUGCAGCUCUGGAGCUUGGGAAAUGGGCGAUAAAAAUGUGCUCUAUGAAGACAUCAGAAGAGAGGCUGGAUCAGGCUUUGAGAGAGUGUGCCAGGACCUUGAGGUCUCUUCCCUGCAAUGUGGGUGGCCGAGAAGCUCACUGUGUCCUGGAAGGAUGUGCACUGGUGACGUGGGCUGUGGAAAGUUGUCACAAGAAGGGAUUUAGUGGCACUGUGCUGCUGGCCUGCUUUUCUUUUCUUCAGGAGCACCAAGACCUGAUGAUAAGGAUCCUGCAGAAGAGCUCAGCGAUCCAAAGUGAGCGCAGCAGACUGCAAGAGGAACUUUGCUUCAAUAUUCACCAAGGCUUCGUGUUGGCCUAUAAGAGCUUGGUGGAGUCACAGCUGGAGGACGGCAAUACGCUGGCCAGAGUGCUGCUGUACUGCCAAGCCACGGCUGGACGCAUGACAACCGAGCUGUCCAACGAAAACCAUGCCAUCAAAGCAGCGAUUGCAGUCAGCAACCUGGCCAGUGGCUUGUACAACCAGCGUCUGUAUGACCAGGCUUUCACACUGGUUGAGAUCCUGUGUCACCAUAUAAGCAAGAACAGCCUCGCCUCACUCUCUGUUGACAGGCUCAGCCGACCCUUCAUGCUGGCCGUGCAGACGUCUCGGAAAGCAGGACACCUGGAGAGGGCGCUGGACUGGGUGAUCCUGUGGCUCAAGGCGCUGGGGGACAAAAUCACUUUGCAUAUGACAGAACCCAUCUCUCUGUGGGUGAAAGCCAAGAUGGACGCAGCACGCAACUCUCAAGAGGACAUCCGACUCAGGACAAUACGUGAUGGUUUUGGUCCUGGUGCUCUGGAUGAAGGCGUGCUACUGUUCCUUCUGGACGAGGAGCUGCGAUGCUACAAGGAGGAAGCGGGUGACACGUCUCACGAGCGAUACAACACGCUUUGCGAUCUGCUUGACAUCUGUCAUGAGGAGAGCCCCCACACCCAUCUGCGUGCCGUCUACCUCUGUGAAAUGGCCCAGGUUGUUUGUUUCCAGGAUUUCAGUGAGCAGACAAAUUGUACAGCUGUUGAUUUUACCCAUGAAGCUUUACGGCUCCUGGAAGAGGAAGCAGAGACCCCUGAAAAUGCUGAGAGCCUGAAGGACGCCAAAGCCCACGCUUUGCUUUGGCUCUACAUUUGCACUCUUGAGAAGAAUCUUCAGGAGGCUAUUGACAGGGACAGGAAGCUUCAGGAGAUGCGUCAGCAGUCUCCAUGCGUACAAAACCCGAUCGGGACCAAUGACUUGGAUUAUGAAGACAAGCAGAAAAAUGAGGACAGCAUCUUGGUGUACGACAACCUGCAUUUCAGCUUGGCUGCACACAACAAAUUGUGCCAACCUUUGGAAAAGGCGCUGAAUGAGUGGGCUGCUCUUCUACACGCUGGGCUUCUGCCUUCUGUGAGGAACCCAAAGCAGACCUGCAGCUCUAUUGUGAUCGCUGCGUCUCUCCUCAGACUAAUGGGAAAGCCUCUGAAAGCUUUGGAAGCCUAUCAGCUUGCUGUCAAACUUUCCCGCCAACUUGCCGACACCCAGGGAGGUGUGAGCUCCCUCUGUCAGUCAGCCAGCCUCCUCUUGGAAAUGGGUGCCACGGAACUGGCUUUGGCCCAGAUUGAACAAGCAGAGAAAAUUGCUUCUGAUACCAUCAGUGAGGGACCUUCCUCUCUCUCCCUGCUGCUCAUUCUACUGAGAGCUCAGUAUUGUUACAGCACAGGACAGGUGUCUCGUGGGGUGGCGUAUCUGUGUGCCGUGCUUAAAGAGGCCAAUGAGCAGCGGCAUUGUCGGAGUUGGUAUUUACUGCGAGCUCAAGCACUUCAGCUCUGCAGCUCCUACCUGAGUUUGGACACAAGUUCACUGCCACAAAGCCAACGGAGCUGCAUCACACAGCAUGGUUUCCAAAGCCCAGAUGCUGCCUUAUAUGAAAGCCUCAAGCUCCUCAGCGGCCUGCUGCUCACUUUAGUGGGGAAAUUCUUAUAUGGACCCAAUGGAAAUGGCUCAGAUGUGCGCUUCAUUGACAACGGAAGUAACCUUGUCUUUAAAUGGCGGCUGCUGUGGGAACUUUUGAACUGUGCAAAGAAAAUGGUUGUGCUGAGGGCCAGCUGUGGUGCUGUUAACGAUGCCAGGCUCCAGUGCCAAGAAGCUCUCAAACUGGCCACCAAGCUGCAAGCGCUCAGCCAGUGUGCGGAGCUGUUGGUGGUGAAAGCUGAGUUGGAACUGAUGCAGGGGGAGCGAGAAGAAAGUGGAUUUGAUUUAGACAAAGUCAGGAACCUUCUGGAAGGUUGCACAGAUUUUCCAGCCACAGAGUGCAAGCCAGAGGUUAAAAUCAAACCAAGGAAAGGUCGUCCAGUGCAGAAAGUUCCGUCUCCAUCACCUGUGGUAAAAGAUGACCUGAAGGACAUCCUUAGUACGAGGUGGACUCUCAAAGAACCAGUAGUGUGGGACCAGGGAAGCUCUCCACGUCUAAAAGCCGUACCUUUUCCUUGGCUGUCGUGCAUCACACACAAACCCGGCUGCCAGUGCUCCUGCUGCUCAGAACCACUUCUGGGCCGGGUUGCCGCCCUGUGGGCAGCUGUGCAGGCGGAUACAGUUCUCCAACUGGACCCUUCUGAGGCCAAAGUGGGCUUUAAACUUUACUGGGCCACAUUAGCUCGUUGUAAGACCAUCACUGCCAACCUUGAGGCUAAAUUAGCUGAACUUUUCUCCGUGUCUGGUCCCACCAAAAGCUCCCUUAAACCCUACCUGAUCCACGACGUGGUGGGCCGCGUCUACCUUCACUUGGCUUUUUCUGGGCUGGAACCCAGGCACACUAAGUUCUGCAGUGUAUGGAAAGUACUAGAAGCUGGUUUGGCAUUUGUUGACUUCGUGUCUUCUCCAGAACUCAGAACGGUGAGAGCCGGUCUGAUGGCAGCCAAAGCUGAGUUGUCGCUGGUUGCCAUGUCUGCCAAAAAGGGCUGCAGACGAGAGGAGCUUUUCUCUAAAGUGUGGACUUGGAGGGCACCAAAGUAUUUGAAAGAGCUUAAAUGCGAAAACCAAACCACACUGAAGGAGACAAAAAGUGUGAAGAAGCCAAGAAAUGUCAAGGUUGGCGAGCCAAGGAGCCAGCUAACACGGCCCACAGCUAAAGGGAAGGGUCUGCUUCCCGUCACUCCAGUCACCAAGUUCUCUGCAAGUGAGCUUAGUGCUUUUGAUUUCAACGUGGUGGCACCCUCACUGACCUUUACUCCAGUUCCCAAGGCCAAAGCCCUGACCUCGGCGCAAAAGGCACAGAGGACUGCCUGUAAGCUGCAGUUCCAAGUCUUUGAUGAGUCCUUGCCAGCUCGAGACAAAGCUCAUGUGGCGCCCCCUGCCCCACGACGUGCUAAGAAGUCUCGCUUCAAGGUGGCGUUUAGUGACGAGAGCGACACAGAGAACAAUGCUAAGCAAGAAGCCGCUGAGAGGCGUUCCAAGAAAAGAGCCGCCAUCAGACAAGCCACUCUCAAAACUAAAGCUGCCUCGGCUGCCCCCGCUGAGAAAAGCAGACCCAGCCGGCAGACGAGGAGCAAGAGCACCGCUCUCCCUCGGGACACCUCCUCAGAAGAUGAAAGUCUGCUGCGUAAGCCUUCCUCCACCAGGCGGGGACGAGCCAGGAAUGUGUCCAGCAAGGAGGUGGAGUCGGAGGAGGGGCCAGAGAAAAUGAGGGCCAUAGAGGAGGAGUCGAAUGAAGUUCUGGACUUCCGCCUUGAGGACUUAAGGACGUCAGACACUGAGGCCGAAGAGUGUCCUGCUGCAGACGUAGAUUUGGAGGUCCUGCGGAGGGAUUUGUGUUGUGAUUUUGACAGAUAUGACUGGCAUGACCAGAGGAGUGGAUGUAAAGCCAAAGGACCUCAAACUCAUCUUCCUCAUCCGGACACCAGGCCAGACAAUCUCUCAUUGGAGGAUAUUCAGGCGUUACUCCGCUCAGCCUGGUUGAGCGUUCAACACUUCCCCCCUCCCAGCAUUUUUCCAAGCCUGUGUUCCUUCCUGGCACUAUCCACGGGACAGCAGGACCCCGUCACUACUGCCAUGCUUCAUUCCCAGUCUUUGGGCAUCACAAGCAGGCAUCGUACCAUCAGGCAUCUAUCCAGCUGUGUCCAAAAGCUGAAAAAGGUGUCCAAUGAGUUAGCAGAUGAAAUGGACAGCCUCACUCUGGAUGGUUCCAGUCUUGCUACCAACACAGCACAAAGAUUGUCUCAGCUGGAGAACAUCUUUUCCUUCCCUACGGCAGACUCUUCAGCCUUCCCCCAAAGCCACUGCCAACACUUUGUUCAACAGCUUCAGCACCUCCCUUCAGAUGUGACAGUGUGCGUGAUGUCCGUGAUUGGAGGAAGACCACAGGAAAUGGGAGAAAGCAUCCUCCUGUCACGUCUCCAGAAGGGAUCUACUCCUGUCACCGUGCACAUUCCCACUUCCACUGAGCCACACUCUAUUAGAUGCUCUGUCCAGGAGAUGGACAGCAUUCUAGUGGAACAGAAGGCUCUGAACGGUGUGUCUGAUAAAGCUCUGUGGUGGGAGGGCCGCAGGGCCCUUGACUCUCGAGUGGAGCAACUGCUGAAAGCGAUGGAGCUCUUACUAGGAUGCUGGAAGAGCCUUCUUCUGCCGCGUACGUCAGAUGCCAAGCUCGCCACUCAGGCCAAGCACCUUUGCAACAUAUUGCGUGCAAAGGGAGUGACAGCCAGUGAGGAGAUGUUAGAGACCGUGCUGUGUGCCACCCCUGUGCUCUCCCAAAAAGACUGGAAAAGCUUUGCCCUGGGAGUUUGUCCCCAGUGGGAUGACGAGUGUGAGCAGCUUCUCCACUCAGCUGUUUUGCAGCUUGCAGGUAGAGAGGAGCCGUGUGGACAUGUGGUUCUCAUUCUGGACAAGUACCUGCAGAGGUUGCCCUGGGAGAGCAUCUCCAUCUUAAGGUCUCGCUCUGUGAGCCGCAUGCCCUCUCUCCAGUCAUUGAUUGCUUUGAGCAUCCAGAAAGAGAGCGAGCAUCAGCCUAUCCUGAAGCACGGCGUAGACACGACCAGCACAUUUUAUCUUCUGGACCCUGAUGGAAAUUUAGGACACACACAGGAGCAUUUCAGAGAGUUGUUUAGCAGCAAACGGGACUGGGAUGGUGUGUGUGGACGUGCUCCCAGAUCGGGCCAGCUGGAGGAAGCUGUUGCAACUAAAGAUCUCUACAUUUUCAUGGGUCACGGCGCAGGCGUACGCUUCCUCGACAGCCGGGCGGUCCUGAAGCGUCCCAUGAGAGCCGCCUCCCUGCUCAUCGGGUGCAGCAGCGCCGCUCUGGCCGUGCGGGGGGAUCAGGAGGGACAAGGCAUCAUCCUCAAUUACCUCAUAGCGGGCUGCCCCUUUGUUUUGGGAAACCUGUGGGAUGUAACCGAUCGGGAUAUCGACCGCUUUGCUAAAGCCUUAUUGGAAUCCUGGUUGUCAUCUGAAUCUGGAAGCGCCCUGCUGGACUAUAUGGGCCCUUCUCGGCAGGCCACACACCUAAAACACCUCAUAGGCGCCGCACCUGUGGUCUAUGGCCUACCAAUCCAUCUGCAGUAGCGCAACCCAGCCAGCUGCAGCACACAUAUUUCAUUUUCUUCCUUUUUUUAUUGUAAAGUACUGCAUUUUUUAUUUAUAACAACUGUUGUUAACAGUGAGUGGUUAUAACAUCUUUACAGAGCGUUUUAUUGCACUUUUUAAUUAACUAACGCUUGCUUGGUGUGUGCGCCACAAACACUCGUUUCCGUGUGUUACUAAUAUUUACUGUAAUGCCACACAACACAUAGUAUUUAAAUCCAUAUUAUCAUGACUUGAACGUUGUUUUUGCAGGGUAGGGCUUUCACAUGUACACAUGUUGUCAUAUCGACUUGUAUGCGUUUUUAACAGUUUUUUUUUCA